AUGCCCACACACCGCAACCUACCUGCUCGGUUCGGGGACGCAACCGCGCUCUCGCCAAGCGGCAGCACUGUGCCCAUGAGCUCGUUCGCGGGACUCGCGACGCUCAACUACACUCACUUGGCCGAGCUCGACCGGCGCUUCCGGCCGCUCGGGCUGCGUAUUCUCGCGUUCCCAUGCAAUCAGUUUGCGGGCCAAGAGUCUGGCUCUGAGACCGAGAUCCGCGACUUUGCCAAUGGCUUUGGCGCAACGUUUCCGAUCUUUGCGAAAGGCGACGUCAAUGGCGCCAAGGCGCAGCCCGUGUUCCGGUACCUCAAGGCGCACUUGACCGGCACGCUCGGCGCGUCCAUCAAGUGGAACUUCACCAAGUUCCUCGUGCGGCGCAACGGGCAGCCGUUCAAGCGCUAUAGCCCGACCACGCCGCCGCUCCGGCUCCUCGACGACAUUUUGAUGUUGCUCGCCGACGACAAGGCACCAUUGUCGUUGGGCCAACGCGCGGAAUGA